AUGGAGGGACUGGAAAUUCAGCCUCACAUCAGCCUCCGCAAGGGCCAGGUGGAACCAGUCUGCAUCAUCGUGGGCGACCCGGCGCGCACCGAGGCCAUCGCCAACAUGUGCGAGAAGAAGCAGGAGCUCGCGUUCUGCCGGGAGUACCGCACGUUUGCAGUCGAGUACGAAGGCCAGCGGCUUACAGUCAUUUCUCACGGGAUCGGCUGCCCAGGCUGCUCCAUUUGCUGCGAAGAACUGAUUCACCUGGGCGCCAAGGUGCUCAUCCGCGCGGGAACGUGCGGAAGCUUGAGGCCCGACACGCUCAAACAGGGCGACAUCUGCAUUCCGUAUGGAGCGGCGAACGACGCGGGCUACGUCAGAAACAUUCUGCCCGAAGGUUUCCCGUGCAUCUGCAGCCAGCACGUCUUUCAGACGCUGAUGGACACCGCGCGGGAGCUGAACAUCGAGGCGGCCUCGGGUAUCGCCGUCACGCAGGAUCAGUUUUACCAAAGCCCCGUGGUCCCGUCGAAUCUCGAGAUGUGGGCGAAAGUCUGCGACGUCGUCGAGAUGGAAAUGACCUCCGUCCUCGCGGUCGCCCACAUCCGCGGGGUUCAGGCAGGCGGCAUCCUCGCUGUUGACGGGUCGCCGCUCCAGUGGAGGGAGGGCGACUACGAUCCAACAGGCGAGAGAACGAACAAAGGCAAGAAAAACAUGAUCCGAAUUGUGUUGAAGGCGGCAGCAAAGCUCCGCCGCGAGUACGCCACGAGCAACUAA